AUGCGGUUUGUGGAGCAGUGGGACGCAGCCCUGCUGCGCAUGCUGCGCCAGGCGGAGGCGGCGGCGGGCCACCCGCGGGUCGUGCUCUCCACCUACCCGCCCGGCUACGAGGGCGAGGGGCCAGAGGCGGUGGUGCCGGCAGCGCCGCUGCCCACCGUGCUGUGCGCCGGCGGGUGGGGCCAGCACGACGGCCUGCUGCGCACCCGCGGGCGCAAGCUGCGGGAGCCGCUGGCGGCGCCAGCCCCCGCGCUCUUCUGGGCCGCGGGGCUGUCGUUCAGCAGGGCCCAGCUGCUGCUGGAGGCGCCCUACCCGCGAGAUCUGCCGGGGCUGUUCUUUGGGGAGGAGCUGCUGCAGCUGGUGCGCAUGUGGCGCCGCGGCUGGGACGUCUUCACCCCGCCGCAGGCAGCAGCCUUCCACCUCUGGAGCCGCAAGCACCGCCCCACCUUCCAGCAGGACCACGCUGGGGAUGCGCAGCAGCGGCAGCGCUCCCAGCGGCGCGUGACGGCCGCGCUGGCGGGCGAAGAGGGCGAGGCGGCUGGCAGCGGCGCCGCGCGGCGCAGCCUGGAACAGUUUUUUCGGCAAACCGGCGUGGACUUUCGAGGCAAGACCAUUUCUGACCGCGCUCGCAAUGGCGGCUUGCCUCCGGGCGCCUUCCUGGCGCCAGUCCCUCUUGAUGGCAGCCCAUGA